UUUCUCCAGCAGCUGGCAAACGUUGCUCUCCGUCGGAACGAAUCACAUCUCCGGAGCGAACGCGGCGCGCAGCGAACAGUCGCGUACCAGCAGCUCGACACCGUACCGUGCCGUGGCUAUGUUGUGAGGCCAGUGUGUUUUUUUGUUUUGCUUUUUUUUUGUUCGUUGUUUCGAUUAAUAUUUAUUUACUUUUACGCGCUCUCGAAUGCGCGCGGCUGGAAAGGCUUGUACAGUGGUGGUGUUUGGAAUUGUGUGAUCGUUGUGAUAAGCAAUCGACUGCUGAUGUGAGUUGCAGUUGUGAGUUGUUUUAAAAGUUACACUACACAGUGAAAACAACAAAGUGAGUGUGCGAAUUGCUGGGAUAGGUCGUCCCUGCGCGCUCCAGUAAAUGUGACGCGUGUGCCCGCCAUUAAACGUCCAACAAGUGUCCUCAGAUUGUGCCUCCCGUGCCUUGACCGAAGUUUAGUGUAAAAGUUGAGUUUUGCUAUCGUGCGCAAUCACGUAGCGAAUUGUUGCUGCGGCCCAGUUGAACCGAGAAAAAAGCCAGCGGCCAACGCCAACCAGACCAGACCGCUCAUUAGCUCGGGGUCAGAUAGCGUUCAAAGGGAAAGCAACAGCGGCAACUGCAGCACCAUCGGUAACAAACGGCAAGCUGUGGAACGUGUGUUGUGGCUAAGAUGCACUAGCCUGGGAAGUGGACCGCCUCAUCCGCCUCAUCAUCACACCCUAGGAUCAUAUCGUACCAUAUCGGCAGGCAGAAAGUUGUAGAAUCCGACCAUCACCAUGUUUAAGCUACUCGGAGGUUUGAAGCAGUACUUCAAGCUACAGGAAAUCCAGACGGACAAUAUAGUGUUCCGGCUGCACAACACCUUCACCACCGCACUGCUGCUCGCGUGCAGCCUAAUCAUAACCGCCACACAGUAUGUCGGCAAUCCGAUCAGCUGCAUCGUUGGCGGCGUUCCGGCCCACGUCGUCAACACGUUCUGCUGGAUCUCGAGUACCUUCACCAUGCCGGACGCGUUCCGCCGACAGGUUGGACGUGAGGUGGCACAUCCCGGCAUCUCGAACGACUUCGAUGACGAAGAUGCGAAGAAAUACUACACCUACUAUCAGUGGGUCUGCUUUGUGCUGUUCUUCCAGGCCAUCGCUUGCUACACUCCAAAGUUCAUCUGGGACGCGGUCGAAGGCGGUCUGAUGCGGAUGAUUGUGAUGGGGCUCAAUCGGGGCGCGUGCAAGGAGCAGGAAAAAUGUGUCAAGAAGCAGAUACUGCUCGACUACCUGCUGACUCACCUCAAGCGGCACAAGAUCUACGCCAUUCGGUACUGGAUCUGUGAAGCGCUCUGCUUCGUCAACAUCGUGGUGCAGCUGUGGCUGAUGAACCGCUUCUUCAACGGCGAGUUCAUCUCGUACGGUUGGGACGUGCUGCAGUACUCGGACCAGCCGCAGGAGCAGCGAGCCGACCCGAUGGUGUUUGUGUUCCCGCGCGUCACCAAGUGUAACUUCUACAAGUAUGGUGCGUCCGGAUCGAUCCAAAAGCACGACGCGAUGUGCAUCCUCCCGCUGAACAUCGUCAACGAGAAGACGUACAUCUUUAUCUGGUUCUGGUUUAUCAUCCUUGCCUCCUUUCUGGCUGGACUAAUUUUGUACAGAGCUGUCAUCAUUUUUGUGCCUUCGGUGCGAUCGAAGCUGCUGAACGCACGGAACCGGAUGGUGCCUCGGAACGUUGCGAAAACCAUUUCGGCCCAUCUGGACCUCGGCGACUGGUGGAUCGUGUACAUGCUGGCGCGCAAUCUCGACCCAAUCAUAUUCAAGGACGUUGCGACCGAGCUGGCGAAACGUAUCGAGCUGAACGAUUCGGACGAAAACGAUCAGAACGAAAAGAAGCGAAUGCACUAGCACGCACUGUAACUGUGUAACCUCACAGCUCACAUUCCCGCUAUUGCACAAAAAACUAUGCAUAAUGUAGGGGGGGUUUACCUGGUCAAAACACAAGCGCCCGUACAAGUAACAUGAUCAGCUUCAUCAUAUUCAUAGCCACGAAACGAUUCCUUCUUCUUCCUAGGCACUACAACCUCGAGAGGUCUCGGUCUGGGAUGGGAUUUGAACUGGCAAAAUUGUGCAAAUGCAAAGUACGCCUGUUUUUUGUCCUGGAAAACCCCUAUAACGCUGCCACCCCGUAGAAGGCCCACCAACGGUCCCUCUUUACGACUUCUAUUCCAUGGAAUCUCUAUUAGUGGUUCGAAAAUCUGUUCCAAGACAAUGAAUCCAGGUUUCCUAGCGUGCCACACGUGCGGAUCGAGUGAUUGUUUUUACACGUAAAACGAUCGACAUUCCACGCUUGUUUUUAGAGAGAGAGAGAGCGGAUUUUGUAACAGUUGUAAUUGUUUUAAUCAAACUCGGAUCUAUAUUUAUACAAGAGUUAGCGGUAUAAACUAAAUAAUAAGUAUCAACACUCUUCUGCCAACGCUUUUUAAAAGGGAUAGUGUUGAGACCUAGAGCUAGAGCAGUGCACACCGCCGAUGAGGCAAUACUAUCCAACAACGUGAUCCCCUCCCGCGGUACGGGCACCCUCUCCUCCUGAGUGCUUCCGGGUACUUCCGAUGCUUCUGCACGCAGACCGUAGCGCAGACCGAGCGGGUUAGAUUAUGUUGUAAGGAAAAUCGACAAUCAAUAAAAUGCAGGCUACAAGCACAAA